AUGUUGUCGCUUAUAUAAUUGUGUUUUUUGUAGUGGUAAGUGUUUGUAGUCCAUUUAAAAGAAAAAAAAAACAAAUGACUCUAUAAAUGAUAUAACUGUUGGCAAAAAUAAUAAACUACCAAUGUUGCACAAGUUCUUAGGCAAGUUUGCACUAUUUUGGGAAUUGUCUAAUAGUGUAUCAUGCCGCGUUCAAAACAUUGCUUUCUCGGACGUUCCAGCCCUUUAGUGCUACCGGGUUGGUAGUCUACAGUCUAUCAGGCAAGCUGGAGGGCAGGGUUGGUAAAGUUUGCCAAUGCAACUUAACUCAUUUGCAGCGGCAACUGCACUUUACGCGCAGCAAUUCGCGAUCAGUUACGGUUGGGUGUUUGUACGGAGUGGUUCAAAACGCAGCUAAAUCAAACAGCACUGUCACGAUACCUCAACGAUAAACACAUACGAUUGUGCUAAGGUAAAUAAAGUAAAGUAACGAAGUCUAACGACGUGCGGUGUCCAGGUUUGGUGCAGUUCAGUGCAGUAACAGAGCCGCAAAGUACAAUGCAAAGUUUACAUAACAUCGGCCAAACGCCGUACCACAAGGCAAUCAGUGGAAAAGCUUCGGCAUCGUCCCGUUCAAGAAUGGGACCGCUUGAAAUGGUCCGAUUUUUCGCGUCGGCUAUGCUGGAUGUUGUGACGUUUUUCGUCCUGCUGGUUCCGAUUAUCGUACGGUACGUCAUCGGCCUAACGCGCAAAGUGUCAAAGAAGAACAUUUCCGGCUGGACGGCUCUUGUUACUGGUGGUGCGAACGGACUCGGGCGGGACAUCUGUCUACAGCUGGCCCAGACUGGUUGUCAUAUUGCCGUGGUCGACCUGGAUGAAGUCAAUGGCGCACAAACGGUAGAGGACGUCAGGAAGCUGGGCGUGAAAGCGCAAUUCUUUAAGGCCGAUGUUUCAUCGUUCGAAGCCGUGAGCAACCUAAAAAGGGAGGUUUCCACAAAACUGGGUCCCGUCGAUAUUCUAGUGAACAAUGCAGGUGUUCUGCCGCUGAUGUCUUUGCGGGAGGGCACUCCGGAUGAUCUGAAGAAAGUGAUCGAAAUCAACCUGCUGUCCCAUCUAUGGACACUACGCCUGUUCACUGACGAUAUGAUCCAGCGGAAACGAGGCCAUAUCGUGGCGAUCGCAUCGAUAGCCGCAUACCUACCAAUUGAACGUAUGAUUACAUACGCUGCCUCAAAGUACGGCGUGCGAGGUCUUAUGGGUUCGUUUGCCAGCGAGCUGCAUAACGAGGGCGUUGAUGAUAUCGUUAAAACCACCACCGUCUAUCCGAGCUUCAUCAAAACACGUCUCGAACUGAUGGAGGCACUAAAAAAAAUGGGCAUUAAAAAUCGAGUUCCCAUCAUGCGCAGCGAAACAGUGGCGCGAGCAGUUGUUGGAGGAAUUCUCUAUAACAAGGCGCACGUGUACAUACCGAAAGUUUUUGGACCUUUCAUUGGAGUUUUUGAGAAUCUGCCAUCAUCGGUAGCACAUUUAGCAAAAAGAUGUUUGCUAAAAACGAACAUACCGAACGUCAUGGAGCGAUAAAGUUGUAGUGCUAUAUAUUUCAUCUGUUUUACCUCUUAGUCUGUACAAACUAUGUAAAAAAACCUACCUGGUUUAGAAGCUUUAGUGACACCUUAAAAUUUUACAAUAAAAAAUAUUCUACCUUUCUUAAAAAAA